GUUCAGCUUUAAGGGGGAGUCUCCAGCCUUCCUCACCAAUCUUUAGGAUCUGACUGGAGAAAUACCAAAGGAUCCUUCUCCUUCCCCUGCUCCUUCUCUGUCCAGCCUCCUGGGCCAGCCCCUGAGCAGACCAAAGACGGGCAGAGCAGUUGCAAGGUGCUGCGAGGGAGAUGCGGCGCUGAGGAGCGGGCUCGGCCCGGGCUCCGCCGCGGGGCUGACGGGCGCGUUCUGAACGCGGAGCGGUCUGGAUGAACGCGGCGGAGGCGAAGUUGGAAACGACAUGAAUGCCUCGGUUCUCGCCCCCCUGGGAAAUGUUUCCGGUCGCCUGAAUUUCUCGGAGAUGAACUCGCAGAUCUUGCAGUUUGAGGACGAAGAUUGCCACGUGCCUUUGGCCAUGGUCUUCACUUUGGCCUUGGCUUAUGGGACUGUGAUAAUUCUGGGCGUCUCUGGGAAUCUGGCUUUGAUUGUCAUUAUUUUAAAACAAAAGGAGAUGCGCAAUGUUACCAACAUCCUCAUUGUCAACCUGUCGUUUUCUGAUCUCCUAGUGACCAUCAUGUGUCUUCCUUUUACCUUUGUGUACACUUUAAUGGACCACUGGAUUUUUGGGGAGGCCAUGUGCAAGUUGAACCCUUUUGUGCAGUGUGCCUCCAUCACCGUCUCGGUCUUUUCUUUAGUCCUUAUUGCUGUUGAGCGCCAUCAGCUGAUCAUCAAUCCCCGCGGCUGGAGGCCGAACAACAGACAUGCCUACAUGGGGAUUGCCGCCAUAUGGAUUUUAGCCACAGCUUCCUCUUUGCCUUUCCUGAUCUACCACGUAUUAACAGAUGAGCCCUUCAGAAACGUAACCUUCGAUGAAUACAAGGACAAAUAUGUGUGCUUGGACCUGUUCCCCAUGGACACUGCCAGGCUUUCUUACACCACAACGCUUUUGGUGAUUCAAUACUUUGGACCACUUUGUUUUAUAUUUAUUUGCUACCUGAAGAUAUACAUACGGUUAAAAAAAAGGAACAACAUGAUGGACAAGAUGAGAGACAGAGUUACUGUUACUGGGAUGAAAUGCACCAUCUGUUCUGAGCCUGUGAACCAUGUAAAUUCUCCUGGAGAACUAUGUCCAGAAUCCAGAGGGAGAUGAGACUGUUUGCUGUCUGGAUAAGGUGUGAUUCCAUCCUCACAGGUGACAGAGAAAUUCAGGUCUGGUAUUAAAAAUGUAAGAUUGAGCUGCCUGAGUAUUUUCAUAGUAAUAAGUGUCAAUCUAUAUAAAUUAUGUAUAGCCUCAUAAUACUUUGUGCUCAGAUGCAAUGGCAUAAACCUGGAUAAUCUCCAAGACAAAGGGUGGUUUAAUCAAGACCUGCAAAAUUUAAAAGAAGGAUAUGAAUAUAGUUUGGGUAUAAUUGGUGUGUUUAGCUUCCAAACUCACAGUUCCCACAGUCGGUGGAAGUGUGGAAACAUUUGCCAAAUAUACACAAUAGACCUCUGUUACUGCUUAAAAUAUAUAUCUUCAAAUUAUGAAAAAUAUUCAUGGCUAGAUCCCAGUUGAGGGAAACCAUAUAACUUGACUGCUGUAAAUGAAACUACAACAGUAUCAGCCAGCUGAGGUUCUGUGUCAUACAGUGUACUUUGCUAUAUCAUCACUGUCUUUUUGAAUAAUCAGCUUUUUAAAAUACAAUAUAGACCCUACUUUCUUUCAGCAAGGUCACUUUAAAUCAUUCUGGCAGACAAGGGGGUCUUUUAAAUGGAAAUAAAUGUAAAUGCAACAUAAAUGGAAAUCUGAUGUGAUAUGUUUCUAAACAAAAAUAUCUUAGGAUGUUAUGGUGAAUUUAAUAUAUUCUAAAUUUGACAUGGAUAAAUGCCUAAGAAAUUAAAAUUGUUUGGGUUGUCAGUAUUUAAAAGUGAAACACCGUGCCUUGUGCUGUCUUAAACAUAGUGUAGAAUAUUGAAGUAGCAAUGUGUUCUUGUGCAUUAUAAUUCCAUGUACUUCUCUACUGGAAGAUAAUUUAAUUUAAAAAGAGUUUUCUGUGCUUGAGAACAGAGGCAGAAUGUAGAAAAUUAAUUAUAAGACAGAAGGUUCUUUCAGAGCUUUGGCCUUUUACAUUUUAUGAGAUUUCCUUUUUCUUUGUGCUUCUCUAUGGAAUGUGUUGUUAGUAUCUUGACAAGGGUUUCCCAAAAUUAUUUGUCUCUCACUUUGCAACAAUAUUCCUAUUUCAAGGGAAGUGUAUUUUCACAAUGAGAUACAAUGUACAAAAACAGCCAUGGGAGUUUUUUUCUUAAGAAUGUCACAGUGGGUUUUUCCCAUUACAAAAAGUCACUAUGAAUUUUAUGGCUUUUUUCCUCAUUUUUUUUCUUUUUUAAAAAGAACUUUCUUUCAAUGUAGUACAGAAAGAAAAUUCACUCACUUGAGAAACUUUCCAGUUAGUUUGCUGGAAAUUUUUGACCAAGCUGAAUUAGGUGCUUAUACAAAAUAGGUGUGGAGGAACUUUAGAGAAGCUUGCUAGUGCUCAGGGACCUGUCCCAGGUGUGUCCUAAAAUUUGGAGUUCUCCAGUGGAAUAGCAAUGUAAUUAUUCCUCUGUCAACAUUUCUCCUGCUUGAGGUACAGUCUCAAAUCACGCAGGCCAUCUGGCACUUUGUCAUACUAUCUCCUGAGAAUGCAUGUCAGGUGUUCUUUGCCCAGCAGCACCUGACAAACAGGGCAAACUGUAAAUGGGAGCAUUCCUCCUGCUCAUCCUUGCUAAGAUCAGGAGCCAUUUUUCCUCUGCACUGCUGUCCUAGGAUCAGGAUUCUUAUGUUUCCUCACUUCCCUGCAGGAAACCUUUCUGAGCCUCUGCUAAGGAUGCAGGUUAAUGCCUUGUCACACAAAUAGCACAGGGCACAUUGCCCAUAAUGACAGUGGAAAUGAACACAGUGUAAAGACUGUUCUGCAGGAAAAUGCAUUUGGAGAAUUUCAGAGGCAAAAUCAUGGCUCUUCUGAAGCAUUUGUUAUGAGGACAGAGAUAAAAGUAGUAUCUCUGAGGUGCUGACCUAACAUCUGCAGGGCGUAGCUCAGAUCUACUGAGAGCAGUACUUUUGUCUUUGGUUUCAUGACUUGAUGCUGGAGUUCUCCAAAGCUUUCCCCUCCCAACAGGCAGCUACAAUACUGAUGCUCUUUUUCAUUUUCAGAGUUCCAGCAUGGCCUCUCCUCUAUAUGCUAAAUUUCUUUACAGGAUAAGCUGACAGGUUUCACGUUUCACUAUAAUUUUUCAAUCAUUCUGAGUUGAUAUUUAUUUCUUCUAUGUGCUGUUUUGUCAAACGUCCCACACUUCAGCACAUUUUGGUUCCUGUCUCUAAAGCCUGAAGAUCCCUUUUAUUCUUUCAGACUUGUAGAAAAGUUUUACUGACAGAAAAA